AUGUUAAAUAAAAACGGAACAUACUCAAAGUCAAAAUUUAGUUCAGCAAAGAGUAUCCAAAGUAUAGAUAACAGAGUGAGAUACUCUUAAGCUCCUGAGGAAUUGGGAAAAAGAGCCAAAUUACCACUUGAUAUUACAGUGUUUGUAAUGGCAGUAGAGGUUGAGAGAUUACAAAGGGAAAAUGCGUAAUUGAAAUCAGAGCUACAACUAAAUAGUGACUCUAAUUUGGAUAGAGUUUAAUAUGAGAGUUAGAUAAGGGAUUUGAUGGAAAAAAUUAGAGUGUAAAACAAUUCAUAGAGUAAUCUAUUGGUCGACAUUGAAAAGUUACAACGGAAAGUAUAGGAUUAGGAAGAUCAACUUAGAAGAUAAUAGUAAUCAUAAAAAGAAUGUGAUCCAAAUUUGAGAACUAAAUUGACUUAAGCAGAACUCCAAUUAGCAGCAUUUUAGAAGUAGCUUAACUAAUAAGUGAAUCUAUUUGGUGGGCAAAGUGCAGAUUAAAUAAUGAGAGAGUUAGAAGAAUUGAGGAGAAAGAAAUCGUAAUUCGAGGAUUUUUCAAGAUAAAUCAAUGGAAGGAAUGUCAAUGAAUUGCUGAGAGAAUUAGAUGAUUUAAGGAGGAAAUAGACAUCCUUUGAAGAUACCAGUGUAUUAAGAUAAUAAUUACUUUAAUCUCAAAAUCGUGUUAAGUAAUUGGAGUAAAAACUAUCAGAGAUGGAUUAGUAUAUAACAUAAAUAGAAUCUGAUUUGAAUAGAUUCGAAUUUGAGAAUCAGAGAUUAACAAUAAGUAUGUCUUCAAAGAUUUAGAGUGAGAAUAAUGAAGCCACCUUAUUAAGGAAUGAAAUUGUUAAACUAAAUAAUGAAAUAACUAAAUUAUGGUCAGACAAUGAGACUCUAGUCCUUGAAAUUGAUUAAUUAUAAACGAAACUCAGAUCCUUUAGUGAAGAUGAAGUGAGGAGAUUGAGAAAUGAAAUGUCCCGAUUAUAAGAGUAGAAUAAUCACUUACAAUCUUAAAACCAAUCAUUGAUGUCAGAAAUAUCUCGACUUAAUAUGACAAUGGAACAAAGUCAGUAUGCAAUUAGUGAUGCAAAUAAAUAGAAAUAUAUCUUUGAAGAAUAUAAGGAAAAGAUAAGACAAUUUGAAUUGAAAUUUUAAGAAUUGCAAAUGCAAAAUGAGAGAUUAAGAUAAUAAGAUCAUAAAGUGGCUGUUUUAACAACUGAAAUUGAAAGAUUAAAUAAUUUAAUAAAAUAAUUAAAUACAGAUGCAGAUGAUUGGAAAUAAAAGUAUUAAAGAAUAGAAUUGGCAUUGAUGGAUUAUAGGCAAAUAGAAAAAACCAACAGAGAUGCUGUUACUAAAAAUGAACUACUUCUAGAUGAAAUUGAAAGAUUAAAGAAAAUAUUAGAAUAAAAGCAAUAUGACAUGGAUCAAAUAAUCAAACGAAAUGAUCUCAUUCAAUCUCAAAUAAGUACUUAUCAAGUUAAUGCCAGUGCAAGUGUCAGCAGAAUCUAAGAGUAUGAAUCGACACAAAGAGAAACUUCUACAAUUCUAUAAGAUAAUGAAAGAUUAAAUAGAUAACUCUAACAAUAUUAAUAAUAGAUUUCUACUCUCCAAAUUCAAGUCUAGGAAUAGACUACUAAGAAUCAAUAAUUAAUUACUUAAUAGUAAUAGAGCUACUUGAUAAAUAACAAUAGUGCAGAAAUUGAUAAAUUGAAAAGAUAGAUUCAUGAAUAUGAAAAUAAGAUUGCCAUGUUAUCUCUUGAGCUUUCAAGAAUUAGAAACACUAAAUAGAAUUCAAAUUCAUUUGAUAAAUCUGAUAAGGUUAUGGAACUCUUAUCCAUAAUUGUCAUAAUGUCUGCUGAAUUGGAUAAUCUCAGAGGAAUUACUUACGAAAAAAGCACGGUGUAAUCACAGAGAUUGCAAGACAAUACUUCACAAUCUGUCCGCUCUCAAUCAAUCAAUAAUUAAUAGGCUAAUUAUUCAUACAGUAAUUGGAAACAGAAAUGA